CGGAGCUCCAGUCUGGAUCUUCCCCUCGCCGCGUCACCAGCUCCCGGUGAUUUGGUUUGGUUAGGUUUGGUUGGGUUUUGCUCUCACUCUUUAUGACCAGCACCAUAAAGUGAUCCGGAAACAGCAGCAGGAGCAGCAGGAGCAGCUUGAACCCCGCGCUCCUCCUCUUCACCGCUGUGCGCCCCAGACGCGCUCUCUCACUCCAGGAUGGACUCGCCUCCGUCUCCUUGUCUUCACCUCAGACGCUGACUGUGACUGCAGUAGUUUUGCUUUGGUUGGAGUUCGUGUUGGGAGAGAACGCGGCUGAUCUUUUUGUCUACAUUCUUUGAUUUGACUGCCAGUACACACACACACACACACUCCACACUCUGAGUGUGCACUCCUCCGACAUGGGAAUGUAUUUGCAUCUGCUGCUUUUGCAGUACUAUUUCGUCACGAGUUUUGUGUGCAACGCCGUCGCCUUCGUGGAGGAGCCGUCCGGGGGCAGGUCGGACGGGUACUGCGGGCGGAUCCUCCGGCCGCAAACCCAGGGAACCCGCAGGGAAGGGCACCAUGAGUUCAGGCUCAGGGUGGAGGGAGACCCGGAGACCUACCAACCUGGCUACACCUACAGAGUGGUUCUCCUGGCAGCCAGCCCAAAUUAUUUUAGAGGUUUCACCCUCAUCGCGCUGAAGGAGGGCAGAGAGGGCACCACGGACGACGACUACGCCGGACAGUUCCAGAUCAUCGAUGAGGAGGACACUCAGUUCAUGACCAACUGUCCGCCUGCAGUGACCGAGAGCACCCCUCGCAGACGCACCAGGAUACAGGUGCUCUGGACGGCGCCACCUACAGGGUCUGGCUGUAUUAUUCUGAAGGCCAGUAUUGUCCAGAAGAGAAUCAUCUAUUUCCAGGAAGAGGGUUCUCUCACCAUUCGGCUUUGUGAGAAAGAGCGUGUUUUUGGUGACGCUACAGAAACUCCUGCCAUGGAAUGCUGCGCCUGUGGAACAGCCAAGUACAGACUCACCUUCUACGGCAACUGGUCAGAGAAAGUUCAUCCAAAAGACUAUCCAAGACGAGCCAAUCACUGGUCAGCUCUCAUCGGCGCGUCCCACUCCAGGAGUUACGUGCUGUGGGAGUACGGCGGCUAUGCCAGCGAGGGAGUGCGUCAGGUCGCCGAGCUCGGCUCGCCCAUCAAGAUGGAAGAGGAGAUUCGACAAAAGGGAGAUGAAGUCCUGACUGUCAUUAAAACCAAGGCUCAGUGGCCGGCGUGGCAGCCGCUCAACAUGCGAGCAGCUCCGUCAGCAGAGUUUUCUGUGGACCGGACCCGUCACCUCAUGUCCUUCCUCACCAUGCUGGGGCCCAGUCCGGACUGGAACGUGGGGCUGUCGGGAGAAGACCUGUGCACCAAGGAGUGUGGCUGGGUGCAGCGGCUGGUGACCGACCUCAUCCCCUGGGACGCCGGCACCGACAACGGCGUCACGUACGAGUCACCAAAUAAACCCACCAUCCCCCAGGAGAAGAUCCGACCCCUCACCAGUCUGGAUCACCCCCAGAGUCCGUUCUAUGACCCGGAGGGCGGAGCUAUCACUCCUGUGGCGAAGCUGGUGGUGGAGCGCAUUGCCAGAAAGGGCGAACAAUGUAACGUGGUUCCAGACACCAUCGACGACAUUGUCGCUGAUAUUGGACAGGAGGAGAAGGAGAGAGACGACACUCCGGAGACGUGCAUCUACUCGGCCUGGUCCCCGUGGUCGGCGUGCAGCAGCGCCACCUGUGAGAAAGGACGGAGGAUGAGGCAGAGGAUGCUGAAGGCGCAGCUGGACCUCAGCGUGCCGUGUCCACACACUCAGGAUUUCCAGCCCUGCAUGGGCCCGGGAUGCAGCAUGGAAGAACCUUCCACGUGUAUGAUGUCAGAGUGGAUCAGCUGGUCGGCGUGCAGCGUGUCCUGUGGGAUGGGCAUGAGGUCCAGGGAGCGAUACGUCAAACAGUAUCCAGAGGACGGAUCACUCUGCCAGCUGCAGACCGAGGAGACGGAGAAGUGUGUCGUCAACGAUGAAUGCUCUCCCAGCAGCUGUGUGGUGACGGAGUGGACCGAGUGGGAUCCCUGCAGCGUCACCUGUGGACUCGGCAUGAGGAGACGCGAGCGCAUGGUGAAGAUGCCUCCCAUCGAUGGAUCCAUGUGUAAAACGGAGGUGGCGGAGGUGGAGAAGUGCAUGAUGCCGGAAUGCCACACCAUCCCGUGCAUGCUGUCUCCAUGGUCAGACUGGAGCACGUGCAGUGUGACGUGCGGUCGCGGCAUUCGAACGCGUCAGAGGAUGUUGAAGUCCGAUCCGGCGGAGUGCACCGAGGAGCUGGAGCAGACGGAGAAGUGCAUGCUGCCCGAGUGUCCCGUGGACUGCAUGGUCUCCGACUGGUCCGACUGGUCCGAGUGCAACAAGUCCUGCGGUAAGGGACACAUCAUCCGGACCCGCAUGGUCAAGCUGGAGCCGCAGUUCGGAGGCGGCGCGUGUCCCGAGACCAUCCAGAGGAAGAAGUGCAAGAUCAGGAAGUGCCGGACGAAAGCCAAGGAGGAGAGAGGAGGACGGGGAGGAGACGGAGGAAGGGGAGGAGAUGGAGGAGGAAUGAGGAGACGGCGAGGAAAGCAGGGCAAAGAAGCAGCGCUGGAGGAACAAAAAGGCUGCAGGAUGCAUCCAUGGAGCAGCUGGUCGGACUGUUCCAAACCAUGCGGCGGGGGGGUCCAGGAGCAUUUCAUGAUGGUGAGGAAGCGGUCGAAGGGUCCAGCGUCCAGCUGUAAGGAGCGGAGGGAGAUCCGUGCCUGUAACGUUCAUCCCUGCUAGGGGGCACUACUGAGCCACAGAGGAGCGGAGGCUUGAAUACAUUUAAAAUAUGAAAGUAUGCGUUUCUUCGAUCGUGUUGGAAGGUGAAGACGACGAUGAUGAUGAUGAUGAUGAUGAUGAUAAUGAUGGGUUUGGAAAGUUUGGUCAAUUCGCUGUUUAGUGAAGCCAUUGUAGACGUUUAGUGAACAGGGCUGAAUUUUCUUUAGGCCGCAGUGGAAAACUUUACAUUUAGAGAGUGGUGAUUGUGUCCUGCAAAAAAACAACAGUAGUUUUCCUUUUUUGUUAAUUUCCAGUUUCAUCGUCAACCUGUAAACAUGGAAUAUUGUUAAAUUCCUGGGAAUUCUCGUCAAAAUCAGCUCAUGUUUUCUGAGGAAAUUACUUAAUUUAAGUCAUACGUGCUGCCAUAAAAACGUGCCAUAUCUGUUACUGCACACAUCCACAAAAGAGUAUUAGUGCCACAUGUAAAAAACAAACAAAAAACAGCAUGAAUUCUGUGAUUCAAGUCUAAAGAAUUCUGACCUUAAUCUCAUAAUUAUGACUUUAAUCUCAUGCUGUUAUAUUUUUUUUACCUGUGGCACUAAUUCUCUUCCUUACAAAAAUUCAUGACGUAGAUCCCGACUGAUGCUUCAUACAAAUAUAUAUUUUUCUUCAAUAUGUCUAAAAAUAAAUGUAUCUGAGG